GCAUGGAGGAGAACACCCUCAAAUCUGCAGCUAUUGAACGUAGUGGCGCGCAGGCUGUAUUCUUCUGGAUUAUUUUGUGUAUUUUUACAUGCUAACUUCUAAGGAUAUGUUCACGUUAAUAAUUAGAAAUUCAUCAGAUUUUCUUGAUUUUUUUCGCUUGUUGUCGUCCGUUGACCAGUGAAGGGUUUUAAAGGCAGGAGAUUCAGAAUGAUGGACUGCUGUGGUCUCGUGACUGAACAAAAGCUGCCAGUUCCUCUGAAGAGCAUCAGAGUUGAGGUGCAGGUGAAGAGUCAUGUAGCUACAGUCACCUCCACUCUGCAGUAUGUGAAUGAGGAAGAGCGCCACCUGGAGGCCUUGUUUGUGUUUCCUCUGCCUGCUGAUGCUGCUGUCUGUCACUUCAGUGCCAAGAUCGGAGAUCAGGAGAUUGUGGCAGAGGUUCAAGAUAGAGAAACUGCGAGGGAUCAGUAUGAUGAUGCUGUGAGUUCGGGUCAGCAGGCGUUCCUGUUGGAAGAGAGUGAAGAAAGUUCUGAUGUGUUCAGACUGAGUGUUGGGUGUCUGUCACCGGGUCAGAACGCUGACAUCACCAUCACAUACAUCACUGAGCUCUCUGUGCAGGCCGACCACUCGCUGCGCUUCUGUCUGCCUGCUGUACUCAACCCCAGAUACACACCAGCAGGUUCAGAUGCUGGAAUAGUUUCAGAGAUUUCGUCAUGUGACUCUGUUCCCUACACUUUGACUCUUAGUGUUCAUGUGAGCUCUCCAAACCCCAUCUCCAAACUAGAGUCCAACUGUACUCUGGAUCCUCUUGUGUUCCUCAACUCUGAUCACACUGAGGCAACGGUGAAUCUGAGUUCUGGUCACAAGUUUGAUAAAGAUGUUGAGUUGUUUCUGUACUAUCAGAAUACCCAUCAGCCCACUGCUAUAGUGGAGGCAGGAGUGACCACUGCAAAACCAGGUUCUCUGAUGAGUGAUCCAGUGGUGAUGAUGAGUUUGUACCCGGAAUUCCCAAAGGAAGUGAUGUCAUCAUUAGCAACUCAAGGCGAGUUUAUUUUUGUGAUGGACAGAUCAGGCAGUAUGGACUGUAGGAUGCAUUAUGGGAAAGGAGCAAAGACGCGCAUACAAAGUGCAAAGGCAACUCUGAUCCUGCUGUUGAAGAGUCUGCCAAUGGGCUGUUACUUCAAUAUCUAUGGAUUUGGCUCUCGCUUUGAGGGUUUUUCCCCCUUUAACAGCGUUGAGUACAAUGAGGACACAAUGGUACAGGCACUGAAGACGGUCAAUGAAAUGAGAGCAGACUUGGGCGGCACAGAGAUUUUAUACCCUCUAAAACACAUCUUCCGUCUGCCCUGUUACCCUGAACACCCCAGACAGUUGUUUGUCUUCACUGAUGGAGAGGUGGAGAACACUAAAGAGGUUCUGGAUCUUGUGAAACUUCAUGCUGAAUCUCAGAGGUGUUUCUCAUUCGGGAUUGGUGAGGGUGCAAGUACCGCCCUCAUCACAGGAAUGGCCAAAGAGGGAUCUGGACACGCCCAGUUCAUCACAGGCACAGACCGCAUGCAACCCAAAGUGAUGGAGUCUCUCAGGUUUGCUCUUCAGCCUGCAGUGAACAAGAUCUCAGUACAGUGGAAAGUACCAGAUGGCAUUACUGUUGACACGCUGUCUCCACCCAUCAAUGCGAUCUUCCAGGGUCAAAGGUCACUCAUUUAUGCCCAACUUAAAGGACAGAGUUCAGAAAGCUCUGAAGGAUCAGUGAUAGUUCAAUACAACCUGAAAGAUCAACCAGUAACAAACCAGCUUCACUUCUGCCUUAAACCAACUGAGGACACUGGGUUGUCCGUCCACCAUCUAGCGGCCCGGUCUCUGAUUCGCUGUCUGGAGCAGGAGGAGAAGAAACCAUGUGCAAAGGUGGAUGAUAUCAGGAGGAGGAUGGUGGAGAUCAGUGUUGAAGCAGGAGUGAGCAGUGUUCAUACAGCCUUCAUUGCCAUUAAUAAAAACAACAGGGAGAUUGUGAAAGGAGGACCACUGAUACAGCGAAGAGUACCAAUACAAGAGAUGACGAGGGAUCAAGUUAACCCUUUUCCAAGGCUGCGUGGUGGAGGAGGCCCGCUGCCGCCUUAUACUCUAGAACAAGCUGUGGCUCAAGCGGUAGAUAUCGAUGAUUGUGAUGUGGAAUUAGAAGAAGAGCCGAGACGUAGUAGUGGACGCAAGAGGAAGGCCGAUUCUGCUUCAUCACAAUCAAAAUCUAAGCCUAAGAUGGGCUCUUCACUCCAGCUUAUUACUCUACAAAAAGCUUCAGGCUGCUGGGAACUGAACGCUGCUUUGGCUCGAGUGUUUGGAAAGACUGAAGAUGAGCUGACCAAUCAGAAACCAGCACAGGUGGAUGGGUCAGUGUGGGCCACUCUUCUGUCUCUCAUCUGGUUAUACGGCUAUAAAAUACAGCAACAGAUUGAGUGGCAGUUUGUGGCCAUGAAGGCGGCGUCAUGGAUCGGCUCUCAGAACGUGGUCAGUCUGUCUCAGUGUGUGUGUGAUGGGAAUCAUCUACUGGGAUGUCAGGUGAAAGAAGAAACUUUGGGAAUCUGAAGACUUCAGUGUUUAUUUACAGUAUUAGUUGUUUGUGUUCCUGUUGUUUGGAAAUAAAUGUAAAGGUUAUAAACCUUUAUAUUAGAGAUAUUAGACACAAUUACAGAAUUGACCUGUAAUACAAAUCUGUCAUCUCUGCUUCUUUAGCUCUCAGUUCUGGGGUUAGUCACUAUAAAAGCUAACUGAUGUUCAGUGUAUUUACUUUCUUUUAUAAUUAAUUUAUUAGUUUGUGGUUUUUUUUUUGUGUUUUCCACAAAAGAAGUUAUUAUACCUAAAUAAAAACUGACAUAUUUUGGAGUUAUGUCUGUUUUAGAGAUGAUUAGAGAUGUUUGACAUAAAGACAUCUGGGAGAAUUAAAGUGUAAAACAAAUCUUUAAACACAGUGAAA